UUAUUGGGUAUCUGGUUAAUGACGUCACAUCCGCUGUUGGAAACCACAACAAACCCUCAUGGAGGAAGAAAAUGAUAAAAUACUCGAAGAUGCUAACUCUGAAUUCAUCAAACGCAGUUAUGAUCGAGCAGAGGAGCUGUACACAAAGUUUAUCUCUUCCUGUUUGCAGCCCAGGGAGUGUGAAGCUAGCAAGUUGGCAGCUGCUUACAACAACCGCGGACAGAUAAAGUACUUCCGGGUGGAUUUUUACGAAGCAAUGGAGGAUUACACGUCCGCGAUAAAGGCUGACAGCCAGUUUGCAGUCCCUUUCUACAACAGAGGACUCAUCCGCUAUAGGUUAGGCUUUUUUGAUGAUGCCAAGAGUGACUUUCAGCAAGCGCUGAAGCUCAGGCCAGAUUUUGAGGAUGCUAAAGUGAGCCUGCAACAGACAAUUCUGGACCAGCAGCACAAGAUGGAUCGAGGAUACUGAUGGAGUCAAACAUCAGCAUCUUCAGCACAUAACCAGGGCCAUCUGGUGCUCUGUCCAGGCUCAAAAUCAAGGAGAAACCUUUGGAUGAUGCAAAUAUUCUUAUGAAUCGAGACUGAGAACAUUUCAAAUGUAAACACUCUGUAGAAACAGAUGAAUAAAGAUGAAUGAAUUGUACAA